UUACCAUAUGACAUGAAGUCUUCACCCUCUGUUUUCCUCUGCUGGCAGGAAUUGGAAGAAGGCAAACUCGGGGUCUGGACAAAAUCCUUUCAAAGGCAUUAAUGUAAAAAUGGGCCUGGGCCGUUCAAAAUGUUCCACGGUCAACAAGCAAAAUCGAAUUCUCCUCCUGGGACUCGAUUCAUCGGGGAAAUCUACCCUGCUGUACAAAUUAAAGCUUGCGACGGACGUAGUGACUACUCCGACAAUUGGAUUCAAUGUGGAGAUGAUUGAAAUGGAGAAAAAGAUUUCCCUAACCAUCUGGGAUGUUGGUGGGCAGAAAGGAAUGAGGACAUACUGGCGCUACUACUGUGAAAAUAUAGAUGGACUGGUCUAUGUUGUGGACAGCUCAGACAAGCGAAGUCUGGAAGAUUCAAAGAGAGAAUUUCAGAACGUCUUAAAGUACGAAAACAUAAAAAAUGUGCCUGUUGUCCUUCUGGCCAACAAACAAGACCUGCCCGGAGCCCUAAGUGCUGAAGAGAUAAUCAAGAAGUUCAACAUGGAGAAAUACUGUGGUGAUCGAAAAUGGUAUGUGCAACCUUGUUGUGCCCUAUCAGGGGAUGGGCUAGUGGAAGGAUUCAGGAAAAUAACAGGAUUUGUAAAAAGCCACAGGGAAGAAACUUUGGCAAAAUUAAGGCUGUGAAAAUAGCAUGACUCGAGGGGUGCCAAAAUUGAUCUCUUUUGAAGACGCAGGAUUUCAAACUUCAGAAUAUUAAAAUCAUCAUCGUGUUCCAGAGAAGGGGAAAGCAGGAAAGAUAUGCAAGUCAUCGGAUUUUAUCGCAGCAAACAUUUUCCGAAGUCUCAUUUCAAUCCAUUUUAAACUGUUACACAGAAUACAUAGAGACCAAAUUAAAGUUCAGUUAAAGAAAUUGUUUAAUAACCAUCUUGUUUAAGAUCACGGGCGGUAUGAAGAUUUAAAAAUUUGAUAAUGUGAAAGUAGCAUUUUUGUGGUAAGCAUGGAUGCCUUUGAGUGAAGCAGCUUAAUUUUCUUUGUAAAUCGGAAUUAUUUAUUGUCUUACUGUAUUUUUCAAUACAAUUAGUAUAUUGUCAUUAUGUCCAUCACUAGCAGAGUGCUUUCCCACUUGGCUUAUUCGCUGUUACUUUACUGCGUUAAUACUGUGACGUUGUGAAAACGCAGAGAAGCCCAAAGUUCAAGCAGGCUGAGGCAAAGGCUAUAUAUGCAUACAACUGUUACUUCCUAUACCAAACCUACAUUUGCCAAAUCAUGGAUCAUGUUAUAAUCCAGAACUGACUCAUCUUGAUAAUAGUGCUCUAAUUCUUCCAGUGUCAUAGUAUAUCAAAAUCAGGUGAUGAAAUUAUUAUGGUACUAUAACAGAUCUAGGUGUCUUAUUUGUAUGAAAGCAUAAACUAUUGGCAUUAACUAACUGGAAACAGAAUGUGUAGGAAAAAUUCAUUUUUCAAAA